AAGCGACGCUACAGCAGAAAUUCAGAGGCCGAAAGGGGUCAUCUCCCAGGUAACCCGCUCAGGGGUUACCAUGGAAACUACCGUUUCCGGUCUGGUCCUCUCCCAAAUCAACCGGCCAACACAGCCGUUAGCGCAUCUGGCUAUAUCUGGGGGCACCCGGUGCGUGAGCACGUCCUCGUUCUGUUUUCCUGGCCUCAUAAAAACAGAGUGGGAGGACGAGGAGGAGAAGACCGGGAAGAGGCUGGCCACCUCGGUAGCCGUGACAACCACCACUUCCGGUUCGUUCCUCUUUACGGCCCACCUCGGCUCGGGCCGCGCGAAAUUCGUAACCUGCUGCCUGCUGCCGGCUGCUCUCUGGGGAAAACUGCGACGAGGACGGGGAGGAAGCUAUCAGAGACUCGGGUACCGUCGCCUGUGGGGCCCCAGGUCGGCGUUUCCGGGGGCCGGAGCCAGGGCGAGGAAAGCGGCCCGACGCGGCGGGGACGGGGGAAGGGAGGACCGCCUCCCCCGGCCGCGGCUCGGAGCGCGGGCGUGCGGGGGCCUGGGGAUCCCGGCUCGGCCGCCGUCCUGCCGGCCCGCCGCGUGGCCCCGCUCUGCGGCAACACCCCCAAGUCCGGGAAGUCGCUGUUCCGCUUCCCCAAGGACCGAGCCGUGCGGCGGCUGCCGCUCCACUGCGUGCCGGGCAGUGAGCCCUCGCUCAUCUGCUCGGACCGCUUUGCUCCCGCCUGCUUUGACGUCUCCGAUUGUCCAGAAGAGCCUGCCUUCUCGCAGCGCCCGAGGGUCGUAGCAGGCGCCGUGCCCACCGUGCACAGGGCCUCCUCAGCACCCAAGGCGGAAGAAGAGGGAGACCGAGCAGGCGGCCUCCCUUUAAGCGUUGAUUACACUUACUUUGCAUCUGGUCACUACCAUCUUCUUCCCCACUUCCCAUCUUAAAGAAAACUUCCUAGACUUCUUUGAGGUGUUCAGGCCAAAGUGAAAGUGUUUG